ACUUAUGGAGAAUUGCCAGACUUGUCAAAAUGACUCCUGAACAAACUCGUGAGCAAUGGUUAAGAGGAUUAUCACCAAUGAAUCAAAAUAAUAUUCAUCAAGAAAGAUCUAUUUUUAAAGCUGAACUAUCAAAACGAGAUGCUAUACAUAAAGCUGAUAUGGAAAAAUUAGAAUCUAAAUUACAACAGAAAUCAGAAAUAGCGAAACCUAUAAGAGAACCAAAAGCUCCACCACCUUCAUUGCAAUCGGAUGAAGAUUAUGGAAAAUAUUAUUUAGUUAAAUACCUUAAUGAAUUAGGUAUAUAUAGUAAAGAAGAUUUAGAUUCAAAUUAUCCUAUAAAACCUUUUCAAAGACCUCGUCCUCAGCAAAAAGAUAAAUCUACUAGAUUAGAGGAGAAAGUAGAUGAAAUUGGGAAUAUGUUAUCUUGCCUUAAUAUAAACAAUCAAUCCCAAAAACCAGUAGCCAAAAUAAAUCGAACACAACGAUAUUAUCCCUUUCAACCAAUAAAUUCUAGCAUUUCAGCUAAUGAGAAAAGUAAUGAGGGUGGAUAUGAUGAAGAAAAAGAUAUAUGGUAUAAUUCAUCGGAAAAAAAAAUGGAUAUUACCAAUAACAUAUAA